AUGAUUUCAUUAGUAAGUAGUGGCUCGAGCCAUUGUGGCCUUCUGAUCUCAGUCAGACUUGUAUCCUCUGCUACAAGAAAGGCAUCUGACAAGAUAUCUGUUCAAUUGUUAAAAGAUCAUUCAUCUCUAGGUUCAAGAGGAGAAAUCAUCAAGGUAAGACCUGCUUUCAUGAGAAACUACCUCCACAAAAACAAUGGGGCUUGUUACAUAACGAAGGACUUGGGUCCACGUAUUCCUGUAGUCGAAAAGCGGACAAAUACAACUACUUUUAUUGAACCCGAGAAGGAGCAAAUCAUGGAGAAAAAUGAUAAAGACGAGCCAGUUGCGAGAAACGCAAUGUCACUAGAUGAGUUAUCUACCUUAUUUAAUAAUAUGAGGAGUUCUAAACGCUCGAAGCUGACGGCACCUGUAGUUUCAAAAGAGCAACAAUUUGAAACAAGUGGCGAUGAACUUUUAUAUACUUCGUCAGAGUUAAGGCAAGCUAUCCCAAGAAAGCUCACAUUAUCCUUGAACAAGGCAGAACAAGGUCCAAUAAAUAAGAGUUUUCUUUCUAGUUGGGUUUAUAACAUGUCUGGAAUAGGUAUUCCUUUGAAGAACUUUAAAAUUUUCCCUAAGGGCUCUGAUGAGCAAGUCAGUGAAAUUCAUGAGCCUGGAGAGUAUGUCUGGGUGUUCGAAACUCCAGGUGAAUCAGAGACUUUUAGCGUUAGUCUUUUGAUUGAAUAG